AUGUGUGGCAGCUACUACGGAGGUUGUGGCUAUGGAGGCUGUGGUUACGGAGGCUGUGGCUAUGGAGGCUGUGGCUACGGAGGCCUGGGCUAUGGCUAUGGCUCCAGCUAUGGCUGUGGCUUCCGCAGACUGGGCUGUGGCUAUGGCUGUGGCUACGGCUAUGGGUCUCGCUCCCUCUGUGGCUGUGGCUAUGGCUGUAGCUCUGGCUACCGCUCUGGCUUUGGCUGCUACUAUUGA